UACUGUGGUCAGCCAGCAAAGUAUUUGAAGAGCUGACGGAUAUUGAGAGGCAGUUUCACAAAGCCUUGUACACAGUGAGGACAUAUAUCAAGUGUGAGAGAUUCUCUGUGGGACUGCUGGACAUGACCAAAGAAAAAGAAUUCUUUGAUGAAUGGCCAAUCAAACUAGGAGAACAGGAGGCAUACAAAGGCCCCAAGACACCUGAUGGGAGAGAAAUCAACUUCUACAAGAUUAUUGACUACUUGCUGGAAGACAAAGAGGAGAUUAAAGUUAUUCCUGGCCCUCCUGCCGACCACUGGGCUCUGGUCAGCGGACUACCAACAUAUGUGGCUGAAAAUGGAUUUAUCUGCAACAUGAUGAAUGUUGGAGCAGAUGAUUACUUCAAAUUUCAGAAAGAAGCAGUGGAUGAGACUGGAUGGGAGAUUAAGAACGUCCUGUCCCUCCCCAUUGUCAACAAAAAGGAAGAAAUUGUUGGUGUUGCCACUUUUUACAACAGAGCAGAAGGCAAACCAUUUGACGAGAAUGAUGAACAAAUUACAGAAGCUCUAACCCAGUUCCUUGGCAGGUCCACUCUGAAUAGCGACACAUACGACAAACUGAACAGGACAGAGUGGAAGAAAGAGAUUGCACAAGAAGUUCUCAUGUACCAGACAACAGCCACACUAAAUGACGUGCAGACCAUUCUGAACACUCAAGACAAGUUUGGCUCUGUACCAGAGGACUGUGACCAGAAGGAGAUGUACAAACUGUUGAGAAGCAACAUCCCUGACGCCAAGAAGGUGGAGCUGCAUGAGUUCCGCUUUAGUGACUUCCCCUUGUCGGAGGUGGAACUCAUCAAGUGUGGCUUCUUUGAGCUGGGAGUGGUAGAGAAGUUCAAAGUCCCAGCCGAGAUCCUGACACGAUGGAUGUACACCGUUCAGAGGGGAUACCGUGACAUUACCUACCACAACUGGAGGCACGGCUUCAACGUUGGACAAACCAUGUUCGCUCUGCUGCUAACAGGCAAACUGAAGAAGUAUUACUCCGAUCUCGAGGCCUUUGCCAUGGUAGGUGCCGGAUUCUGCCACGAUAUUGACCACAGAGGAACCAACAAUCUCUACCAGACCAAGAGUUUAUCCCCACUGGCAAAACUGCACAGUUCCUCAAUUAUGGAGCGGCAUCAUCUUGAGUACAGUAAGACACUGAUGGAGAAUGAGAACCUGAAUAUCUUCCAAAACCUUCAGAAGCGUCAAUUCGAGACGGUGCAGCAUCUGUUUGAAGUUUGCAUAAUUGCCACUGAUCUCGCCCUUUACUUCAAGAAGAGAACAAUGUUCCAAAAAGACAGGAUCAGCUACAUCUCCAACAAUGCAACCAGGAAGGAAAUAAUCAUAGCAAUGAUGAUGACAGCUUGUGACUUGUCAGCCAUUACAAAGCCAUGGGAGGUUCAGAGCAAGGUCGCACUAAUGGUGGCAGCAGAAUUUUGGGAGCAGGGAGACCUUGAAAGGACAGUCCUAGACCAGCAGCCUCUUCCAAUGAUGGACAGAAAUCAUGCUGAGAAGCUGCCUAAGAUGCAGUGUGGUUUCAUCGACUUUGUCUGCUCUUUUGUGUACAAGGAGUUUUCUCGCUUCCACACAGAGAUUUCCCCCAUGUUUGAUGGGCUGAAUAUCAACAGGGGCGAGUGGAGAGCUCUUGCAGAUGUCUACGAGGCCAAGAUGAAGGCUAUCGAAGAUGAGAAGAAAAAGCUGGAAGGUGGAGGCGAACAAGUUCAAGAUGGUGGGAAUUCAAAGACAUGCGUUAUCUUCUAGACCUCCAGUUUAUGAAUGUUUGUCUGGAUGUGUAUUUGUACAGUGUGUGUAUGUGCACAAGCAUGAGUUCACAGGUGAGGAAGUUUUAAAAAAAAAAUCCUAAAUGAAUAUUUGUAUACAUACUGUAUAUAUCCUCUGAUACAGGAAGCUGUUUUAGUUGGCACCAAUCUUGAGCACAUACAGAUUGUAUGUAAUACUAUGUAAACGUUCUUGAACUAAAAUAAGGAAACUUCAUCAUUAUAACUAUUUAUACUGAAUAUAAUAUACGUAUAUUUAGCUCACUUGUUUUGUUUUGGACUUGAUAUGAGUAGAAAUAUUAGGCUGCAAAUAUGAUGCAGUUAUAUCUGGAUACUUUUCGUGUAUAAAAACUACAGUAAAAUGCUUUUAUUUUGUAGAGAAAGAGCACACUAAACAAAAGUACUAGUUGCAUUUUUGUAAGUGCAAGUAUGUGCUUUCAAAAUUUCAAGCAUAUGUCCCUGGCAUAUGAGUAAGAGAUGUAAGAAGAUUUAACUGAAUUGGAUUUGGUUAAAAGCCACGUCAAGUCUCUAGUCUCGUCAAGCUUUUCUUUGUAAGUCCCCUGCUUACAUAAAGUAAAAAUACUGACGUCCUGCUCAUAAGUCAGCGUAUGCAGAGUACAUGUGGCAUUUGACAGGACAGGGAGGUGUCACGUGAAAACACUCUGCACCAUGUAUAGGAGAAAUGGCGUUUAAGUGUGAACAACACAUCAAUUAUAAUGUUUAGAUUUCUUAAAACACAGCUUGUGAUUCUAUUUUCUGAUGCAAAAGUUUAACACAAGAACUUUAAAUCUCAGCGAAUGCAACCUUUGCAAAGAAAAUUAACUAAAAUGAAUGUAUAGCAUUUAAAUACGUAAUUAUAUGUGUAAUAGCAUCAUGAAUUUCAAUAAAGUUUAUUUUCAAAUCAUGCAUUUUUGUGCAUUUAAAUACAUUCUAGCCCAAUCCAAAUGCACAAAUUUAAAAAUAGUGAUGUCAUGCUUCAUUUAAGCUGCAUCAUGGAUGUAAAACCAAUUGCCCCUCUCAAGGCAAGGCAAGGCAAGGCAGCUUUAUUUGUAUAGCACAU